UUCAGGUCUACCAGUCAUGAGACGAAUUCUUCUGUUUUUUAUCCUGGCUGCUGCUGUUAUGUAUGGUAUACUGCAUGGAAAUCUGUGGAGAAAUAACCUCUACUGGAUUAGCUUUUAUGGACAGACUUCCUCUGUGAGGGCUCCUCCUUCCUAUGAGACUAGUGGAGUUACCCAGCUGCCACCUACAGCUGUGGAGAGAAGGAAUGGGCUGGACACUUGUCUCCUGAAACCAGCAUUUGAAUCUUUACUGGGUGUUGACAAAAUAUACCCAUUCCUGUGCGCUAAUGAUUUUAUCAACGUGGCGGAGUUCCAUGGGAGCGAUAAAUUUGAACUGCCUUAUGGAAUAAAGAGAGCAGAGCAAUUUUUUCAUUUAGCCCUUUCAAGACUGCAGAACUGUGGACUUUUCAGUGAAGAUGACAGCAUUGCCUGUCGACGGUGUGUUGUGGUCGGUAAUGGAGGAGUACUUCGAAAUAAGACAUUAGGGGAGAAAAUUGACUCGUAUGACGUGAUAAUAAGAAUGAAUAAUGGCCCUGUUAUAGGGUAUGAAGAGGAUGUUGGGAGGAGGACGACUUUCCGCCUCUCUUACCCAGAAUCUAUCUUCUCAGAUCCGAUCCACUACGACCCUAACACGACUGUUGUCCUCAUCGUCUUCAAACCACGUGACUUGAAGUGGCUUUGGGAGAUACUAAGUGGUCAGAAAAUAAGUGCUAAAGGCUUUUGGAAGAAACCAGCUCUGAACAUGAUAUACAAAUCUAGUCAAAUCAGAAUUCUUGAUCCCAGCAUCACCAGAAAAACGGCUUAUGAAUGGCUUCGUUUCCCAACCAGGUUUCCUAAAAAGGAGAAACCCAAGCAUCCGACGACGGGGCUAAUUGCUAUUACUCUAGCAUUUCACAUAUGCCAUGAAGUUCACCUGGCAGGCUUCAAGUAUGACUUCACUGACAGAAACAGUUCUUUGCACUACUAUGGCAACGACACGAUGGCUCAGAUGAUGCAGAAUGAAUACCACAACAUCGACGCUGAGCAGAAAUUUUUGAAGAAGCUUAUAGACAAGAACUUUGUGGUCAAUUUGACGUGAAAGAGAAAUGGAAAAUACAAUCACUAUUUUCAAGAUUUGGAAAAAAAAUUUAUUUUUUGUAUGACAUUUUUAUUUUUUAAGUGCAGCGUAACUGUUUACUGUUUAAAAGGAGCACAGAAACCUCACCAAGGCAGCAGCUUUUGCUAAGCCUAAGGGUAAUGGACUAUUGCAAAGAGAGUUAACUGAAUUUCUGUGAAGCUAUUUAAUAAUGGGAAAACCAUGAAACUUUCAGCUGAAAGUAUCAGGGAUAUAUAAAAAUGUAUGAUGCACAUCACUUAUUUAUCAGCAAGAACUUUUUCCAAAUGAUUACUUCUCUGGAAUACUUCCGUUUCCAAUGCUGUCCUCCAAAAGAGUUACACUGUCAAGAGAUGGAGACAACCAGUGUUUCGUUAGUAGGUGGAUGUAAAGUGUUGAAUGUCUGUCUCGCAGUAUGAAAAUGGCUUCAAAGCAAUACCUAUAAAUCAUUGUUGUGUGGUUGGAGAAGGGGCAACACACAGAGUGUACAGGUUUUAAUCUGCCCUACUGAGGAGGGGA